UGAAUGACGCAAUUAUCAAACCGGAACAGCGAAAAAAUGCGCAGCUCCGAAGAUCGACCGCAGUGUAUAAUCGGAUGGAAAAAUAGAGCUCGUUAGAAUCCAAAAUCGCAGGGGUAGUUUUCUCGGUUCGAAUUUGAAACUUCUCGAUGUCCCCAGAUACGAAUGAGGAUUGAUCCAAUGUUUAGAUCGUGUUGGGUGAACCGAAAUUUUUCGCCUUAGAAUAUUUUGGAUCCCCAAUUUUACGCCAAUUUAUUACGCAGAAGUUAUCGAUUUUCAGUUCAAUGAAUGCAUUCAGAGGUAUUUGCUGCGAAGUACAUUACAUGAGUUUAAAUAGAACGACAAAAGAUACUCGCAAGACGAACUGGCUGAUAAAUAAACGAUAACGAAAGUGAAUAAGGCGGUGCGACCGAAAUUCUAUCCACACUUUGGACCUGUUCUUUCAACCCUCAAUAAAAUAUCGAGGAAAUAAUUCUGAUGAAAUUAUCGAAAAUUCGUUCCCCGUAAUUUCUGCAGUAUCGAAAUCAGGGAUCAUUAAAUUUUUCGGACAGAAUAAAAAAAACAUAGACCGUUCAGGUAGAACGUGUUUGUAGCGUAGAUGUAUUUUUCAUUCAACAACGACACCAUUGUCACCUGUCUUUCGUAAUUCAUUCGUUAUUUCCUCGCCAUAGUAUCUGCCGACCGGCUAGCUUAACUCGAGUUACACAACCGACAUUGGCGGCCAUGUAGUCGCAGGAUUCCGAGUCGGAGUCAUCAGAGUCUUUGCAUGGAUGUGGAACAGGUAGGAGAAAAAAAAAAUAUAUAAUGACGAAUAAAAAAAGAGCGAUGACUUUGGAAGGUAAUUCCACAGGUUGCGUGCCUGUAGAAAGUUUACGUAAAUUAAAUUAUAGUAAUUUUCCGUAGGCUGCAUAUACCCUGAACUUGUGUACGUACUAAAUAUUUUUUAAUUGACGCCGGUCCUGGGUGUACGAAAUUCGAAUUUUAGUUAUUUUGUAAGCGUAACGUCCAGUAUGCUCGGUGUUGAAGUUGAAUUCGUUUCAUUGUGGCACGUGCGCAACAAGAAAAAUUUUCCAUUUUUAUACAACAUUGUACGAAUCCUCCGUGUCCACAGGAUCGUACAAUUCCAUGGUAUACCAAUGUAUUUUAUUUGGAUGGAUUAUUUGUCGCAACAAUGUAAUGGGCCGUCAUGAGGUCAACGCUCGCUCGGCGAAACGCCAUUUUCAUUUUUAUUUCGCCUCAAGAAAAAAUUGGCUAGCCUCGCAAAAUAUCGGAUACAAUUCCAAUAUCGCGACGCUAUCGAAACGUCGCCUAGGGAAAUCAAUUUCUCUGCCAUUAGAUAUCUGCGACUUUGCGAAAAAUUGAAUUUCAAACGAUUCAACUAAUACUGAACGAGUGAAAGUAUUUUGCUGAAUUUAUGCAUCUUGAAAUGUAUCAUAUUUAUUCCCCAAUAAACAUCGAUCGCCUAUUGACGACGAUACGUCGACAACAAUGUGUAAUCCCCCUUCCGCUCCUAGGAUCGUCGGUCCCCAAUAUGGUAUUGAUCGGUGAAAUCGAUCACUUUACGAAGGCGCUAAUAAUUUAUUCCGUCAGAUGUAGCUGGCUGCCCUUUUGAACGCCUUUUUGAAAGAAGAUAAAAGCGUAAAACCCAGCCUUCUUCGGAAGCUUGGCCAAUCAGGAUCGAACGAUGCAGACGUCAUCUGGAUCCUCGCUGUUUCAAGGGUCGUGCGACUGCGAUCUGUGAGGCUCCGUGCACAACAAGGUCUGGGCCCGUUGCAGUUGUUGCGUAAAGCAGCUUUUGAAAAAUCGAUUUUUUUUUUUCCCCGUCUUUAAUUUUUACGAAUGUAUAUUUUAUUGAGUGAUCAGUGAAUUAUUAAUAUUUCUUUUUCUAUCCAUCUAUUUUAUUGAUAAUCGUCAAUUUUGCGGUUCGGAUAAAUGAAUGAAAAAUCGUCUGUUAUAUCUGCGUACGUUUCGUUUUGCUAACAGUGACGCGGUUUAUUUACACCAGUUCGAAGUAUAAUCAAACGAAUCCAAUUUGCGAGUGUUUUAAAUGAAUUUUCUUAAUUAAUGAAUUGAAUCUUUUCCUCCGAGGAAUCAUGAUAAUCGAACGAACAACUAAACAAUCGAGAAGAAAUUAAUCAACUCACGAUUCUUGUUUAAUGAAUUUAUAUGAAAAAUCUAUAAAAAAAAAAUAAUGCGUAAUCCAAGCAAAAACGAGGAGGACGACGAAUCGGUGACGAAAAAUGAAGCAAACGGAGAUUCGACUGCAACGGAUCACGACCGAGUGCAAUCGGUGGUGAAUAAAAGUGCUUCGCGAUUUUCCGAUAAGGAAUUCAGCGUUUCUACCAAUUAUACCAGCGAUUGCUAUCGCCGAUCGAUAAUCAACGUUGAGGAUCAAGUGAAAACCAGCAAGCUUGUGCUCCAACUGGUAACGGAUUCCAGUUUCAACAUGACUCAGAUAAACGGGCAAAGAAAGCUCGGAGGACCUCCUCCUGGAUGGGUAGGACCUCCGCCCGGACCGGGUUGCGAAGUUUUUGUAGGAAAACUUCCGAGGGUAUUGUACGAAGAUGAAAUUUAUCCGACAUUCCGGCGUAUGGGCGAGGUAUACGAGAUCCGAUUGAUGAUGGAUUUUUCCGGGACGAAUCGAGGCUAUUGCUUCGUUAUGUAUGGAAAAUCGGAAUACGCUACACGUGCUAUAAAGGAAUUGGAUAAUUUUGAGAUAAGACCUGGAAGGAAAAUUGGCGUCGUCGCCAGCAUCAAUAACUGCAAGUUAUUCGUUGGCCAAUUACCCCCGGAUAUUUCUUCCGAAACUAUUAUCAGGAAAGUCUACGAAAUCACCGACGACGUUGGGCAGGUGGCGGUUUAUCGGACUGUCAAAAAUCAGGCAAAAUACGCAUUGAUAUCCUACAAGACACAUCGAGGUGCUGCCAUGGCCAGAAGAAGACUCGUCCCCGAAAGAACUACACUUUUCGAAGGCGCCGAAGUUAGCAUAGACUGGGCACAUCCGGGCAUCUUUCCUGCGAAUAUAGUCGAGGAGAGCGGGACUCUUGACGAAGGAGGGAACGUGGAUAUAUCUAGGCUGGUACUGGGUAGCGAUACACGACGAUGUCAAACCCGACGACGUACCAGAGAUGAAUUCUUGGACCACAGCAUCCGCACUUAUCUGCAAGCCGAAAAUCUCGCCUGGAACAAACGGAGCAUUUCUAUUCAGGAAUCAUUCGACGAAAAUCAUCGCAGUUUCCAAAAGUACGGAAAUCGCUUCGACAAGAAUCGCUUCAAUGACGAAAGUUUGGUAAACUCGGAACAAACAUCCUACACCAGUCAUAGCGAUGAUCUGGAUGUUUUCGAGCAAGUUCGAUCAAGCAUCGAUCGAAAUUCCGGCUCAAUGGGCCGGGGCGAUAACGACUUGGGUCUGCUUUCGAGAUGUAAAAAUUCCUCCGAGUCUUCGAAGAUUUGCAAAAAAUCAAAUUCUCUUUGUGAAUCGAACGCCGCAUCGUAUUCCUCCGAUUCUUCGGGCUGCUCCAGUCAAGGUUCUCUCUCGGAGAGCAGCAAUAAUAACAACAACGUGUUUGGGAUAUUCCCAAAUUCGGGCAACGGCACCUCGGCUUUCAACAUUUCCGAUCCCUCGACUUCGUUGUACAGUCAUUCGAAAAAUGUCGUCCAAGAAAAUUCGAUCUUGAUAAAUUCGGGUGUUCAGACUCUGACUGAUUCGAUCGACGCAGACCAGCAAACCAAUAACUACGAUCGAGUUAAUCGCGAGAAUUUUUCGGUAGACGUCAGAAGUUGCUCCAACAGCGAAUCGGUUGAAAGUUCAGAUUAUAUCGAGCGAAAAAUAGAGUCUUUGAAUUUAUUCGACAAUUACACAUUUUCGACUAAUCUGCAGGAAAACUUGAACGAAGUCGAAGAUUUCGGAGAUAAUCGUGCGGUAGGAUACGGACGUAGGAACGGAGUUUUUUUGAAAAAUUCAGAGAGCGUUACGGCGACGAAUACGCCGCACGGAGUUCGUUCGAAGGAAGAAAAGUGUAGGUCUGAACGAGGAGAUAAGAGCUCGCACAAAAAUCGAAGGAAGUACGAGUUGAAAAAAAAACCGGAACAGAAACAGCGGCGUAUUAAGAACCAAGGCAAACACGGAGAUUUUGAAUUCUCCAAGGUAUUCGGGAAGUCCGUCGUCGAAAACCGAAAACAAAACUCUCGCAGAGAAUCGCGCGACAACAAGCCACCCAGGGGUCGAAACGGUAGAUCGCAUAAUUCUUCUAACAGUUCGGCAACGCUUCGCGAUUACUACGCACUACGUAACUAUUCUUCGCCAAAUCUGCUGACCAAUGACAAUCGAGUACAUUACCCAGUUUCGGAUCCGAAUUUAAAUAAAAUUGUUCCCCAAAUAAGAUAUUCGAUCGAUCAGCUGCAAUCAAUUUACCAGGAUGUAGAUCGACGGCAAUUUUUAGAUAUGAAUCACCAAUGGCAAUCGUCGCCGGUGGCGUCAGUGUUACCUAUCAAUUCUAUGAUCAAUAAUAACGAUCUUCGAUAUUCGAAUAUGGUGGAGUGCAAUUCAUUUAUCAAUCAGCAGAAUUCACGGGGUAUUCAAGAUUCUCUGAAAAAUGUCAGAAACGAUGGGAAUUUUCUCAUGCAAAGGCAACGUAUUGGAAACGGUGCUAAUUUCGGGCAACCAAUGAUCGGUUACACUCGUGCCAACAACGCGGUCGAUAACGUGACGUAUUCAGUUCCAAGAUUCGCGAAUAAUGUGGACUCGAAUUCAAAAAAGGCUUGGCUGUCCGCUCAAAUGGCAUCGAACGCGCACGGUAAUUUGUCCCAUGAAAAUUUCAACGGAAGUCCGAUGUUGUUCCAUCCAGAUAGAUCGAACGUCGCAAAUCCUGUGAACGGUUCGAUCGUUUACUCCCAAUCUCAAUAUACUGGGGAUCGACCAAAUGUUUACGCACACCCCAGGGUGUUCGUACUGAAAAAUCGUAAUUCUGCAAUUGCGAAUCAUCGGCUUGGCCAACAAACUACCUUCACUCGUGUCCCACAGCCUACUGCUAACGCCUUACCGAAUGAAAAUUAUUUCAACGUACAACAAAUAAUGGCGCCUCAAUCGGGACGCCCGAUUUUGAACAGGCCACACAUGCGAGAUGGUCGAGGUUCGUAAAUUGACAA